AUGCACUGUACCCGGGGGCUUGGGCAGCACUCUAGCCACCCAGCAGGCUAGUCUAGCCUCAUCUCUCCAUAGGACGAGACUAGCAAGGAAGUGUUCUAGCAAGGUUGCAGCCUUCACUUUGGGAAACAGCCGUUUCUCUACCUCUGAACUACUCCUGCAUGUUGAUAGAUGGCAGUGUGCCACACAGCUCAAAAGAGGGUACUGGUGACAGGCGGUUCUGGCUUGGUGGGAAGAGCCAUACAACAUGUGAUCAACGAAGAGGGGGGAGGAAAGGAUGGGGAAGAGUGGAUUUUUCUCUCCUCCAAAGAUGCCGACCUAAUGAACAAGGAGGAAACGCAAGCCGUAUUCCAAAAGCAUAAGCCCACACAUGUCAUUCAUUUGGCCGCAAUGGUGGGCGGUCUCUUUAAGAACAUGAGGGUGAAUUUGGACUUCUGGAGGAACAACAUCUACAUCAAUGACAACGUGCUGCAGGCAGCACACGAAGUGGAUGCAGUAAAAGUGGUUUCCUGCCUUUCUACAUGCAUAUUUCCAGACAAGACCACCUAUCCUAUCGACGAAACAAUGAUUCAUAAUGGUCCACCACACGCAUCUAACUUUGGCUACUCCUAUGCAAAAAGAAUGAUAGAUGUGCAUAAUAGGGCUUAUUUUGAGCAGUAUGGGCGUAGCUACACAUCUGUGAUUCCUACCAAUGUGUUUGGUCCUCAUGACAACUUUAACAUUGAGGAUGGACACGUGCUUCCUGGCUUAAUACACAAAGCCUACAGGGCUCAAAAGGAGGGGAAGCCCUUGGUAGUAUGGGGUUCUGGCACGCCUAGAAGGCAAUUCAUCUACUCUUUGGACCUGGCCCGUCUGGUCCUGUGGGUGGUGAGGGACUAUAAUGAGGUUGAGCCCAUCAUACUCUCUGUUGGAGAGGAAGAAGAGGUGUCCAUCAAAGAAGCAGCCGAGGCAGUGGUGCGAGCACUAGACUUCAAAGAAGAAGUGGUUUAUGACACAGAUAAAUCAGAUGGUCAGUUCAAAAAGACUGCCAGUAAUGCAAAGUUGAUGCGCUACCUCCCAAACUUUGCCUUUACGCCGUUUGAAAAAGCUUUGAAGGAAACCUGUGAUUGGUUUGUGGCCAAUUACGACAACGCACGCAAGUGAAACGCUGAGAUGGAAGGGUUUCAGUUGAUAAGGACAUUAAAAGACAUGUGGUGGGCUAUAGGUUAAGUUUUGCUAUGGGAACUUUUAUAAUCUUUUAAUGGGUGUAAACAAUUCAAACUUGGCAUUUGUCUUCCUAACAUUGAUGCAACAAAAUAAACUAGACUGCUUCUUUAAA